AUGUCCAACCAAGUGGAUGAAGAGACACCUCUAUUGCAGCCUGAGGAGCAGCACAAAAUCAAAACACCAUUACCCUGGCGCCAACUAUCCAUUAUACUGUUCUUGCAGCUCACUGAGCCUAUAACUGCUCAGGCAAUUGCUCCGUUUGCACCUCAGUUGAUCAGAGAUGUUGGAGUGACGCAUGGCGAUGAAUCAAGGGUAGGAUAUUUCGUUGGUAUCAUGUAUUCCGUGUUCUACGUAGCUCAAGCCCUCACAACCCUUCAAUGGAAUCGACUUUCCGAUCAUGUUGGCCGAAAGCCAGUCAUUUUGACUGGUCUAUUCGGUAUAUCGGCUUCCAUGUUCCUAUUUGGACUUUCAAAGACCUUCGGGGGCUUGAUAUUGAGUCGUGUCUUGUGUGGAGCACUGAACGGCAACAGUGGUGUCAUCAAGAGUAUGAUGAUAGAUGUUACAGACUCAAGCAACAUUGCUCAGGCGUUCGGUUUUCUUCCUCUUCCAUGGAUGACCGGGAAUACGCUCGGACCUCUCAUUGGCGGGUCCUUGUCCCAUCCGGCGGAUCGUUUCCCUAGACUGUUUGGGCAGUCGACAUUUCUGAAGACACAUCCUUAUUUCUUGGCUUGCGCUGGUCCAGCAUUGUUCACUGCAUUAGCAUGGCUGGUUACGUAUGUGCUUUUACAGGAGACUGUGCCAACGACAACAUCCUUAUGGAGUCUAAUUCGGAACAAAUGUCGGACCAUCCUUACGUUCGCACAUACCAAGCCACCACAACUGGAUAGAUCAAACUCCGAUACUGUUCAAGGUUCCCCUGACGAUUCUAGGCCCCUGCCUCUGAGCGCAUUAAUGACUCCACAUGUUCUCGUUGCGACGUUGAAUUACGCAACUCUGGCUCUCUUUGACAUCGCUCUGCGCUCCCUAAUACCUGUGUUUUAUGCUACGCCAGUGGACAUGGGUGGCCUUGGCCUUGACCCUCCACGGAUUGGCAAUAUUCUUGCAGUGUUCGGUAUUGCCAAUGGUUUAUUCCAGGUGUUUUUCUUUGCUCGACUGCACGACCGAUUUGGCACAAAAGCGGUAUUUACCUGCGCAGUCGCGUCUAGUGUACCGACCAUCAUCGCAUUCCCGAUAAUCAACAUGUUGAGUCGGACGUAUGGGAUUGGCGCCACAGUCUGGCUUGCUGUCGGCCUUCAGCUCACAAUAUCCAUCGCUCUCAAUAUGGGUUACUGUUCGUUUUUUAUGCCCUGUAUCGUGGUCAUCACUGAUCAAUCCAUGAUAGCUUGCGGGGCGAUGUAUAUAGCAGCUGCAUCUCCAAAUCGUGCAUCAUUGGGCGCCACUAAUGGCCUUGCUCAAACAGUCGCUGCGUCUGUGCGCAUCAUUGGACCUGCGUCGGCGAUGUCGAUGUUUUCAUUUUCUGUGAGGGACCCCUAUUAUGCGUGGGCGGUGUACUAUUUUAUGAUGGUGCUGGCACUCCUUGCAAUUGGCGCAUCUUUCUUACUGCCCCGUCAAAUGUGGAAGCGCGUUAACUAG